AUGGUGACGUCUUUCCUGCUGCUUUUCCCCCUCGUGGUGAUGAUUCGGUCCACACUGAAAUCGGCCUUCCGCCGUCACUGGGCCGUCCAGGUCUUAGAUAUGGCGUUUGUGGCCGCGGGUGUUGGGCUGGGUAUCGCGAUGCGCGUCUUUGGCCUCACUGCGCCGGCCACGCACCAAGGGCUGGGCUGCAUGACGACCGUCCUGCUUCUAGUACAGUCGGCGGCGGGGUAUCAGCACCACGUUGUUUACAUGCGGCUGCGCCAGCGGCCUUGGCUGUCGCAUUUGCAUAUUUGA